AGCAGCCUGCGGAUCACUGGAGCGGGAGGAAGGGACAACGGCCAGGCGAAGAAAAAAAAAAGUGUAGCUGCAGGUGCAGGUGGCAGGAGCACAAGCACUCGUCUGCUGUCUCGCCAGCGUGGUGAAGCGACUCGGUACAAUACUUAGCACUAGCCACCGCACCCAUCUCAAUCCUCUCUCCCCCCUCCCUCUCCUUCCUUCUCCUCCUUUCCCCAAGCAUCUUCACCCGGAUCUCUUCCCCAGAUCAUCCUGCGUGUCAUUCUUCCACAGUCUUGUUCCUCAAGAAACCACGCAAGCAUUCACAAUGGCCUCCUACGCGCUGUCCCAGGAGCACAAGGACUUGCUCGAGAAGUCCCUUGUUGAUUCCGAUCCCGAGGUUGCUCAGAUCAUGAAAGAUGAGAUCAAGCGCCAGCGCGAAUCCAUCAUCUUGAUUGCCUCCGAGAACGUUACCUCGCGGGCUGUCUUCGAUGCCCUUGGUUCGCCCAUGUCCAACAAGUACUCCGAGGGUCUCCCCGGUGCCCGCUACUACGGUGGCAACGAGCACAUCGACAAGAUCGAGCUCCUCUGCCAGAAGCGUGCCCUCGAGGCUUUCCACCUCGACAGCGAGAAGUGGGGUGUCAACGUCCAGUGCCUCAGUGGCAGCCCUGCCAACCUUCAGGUCUACCAGGCUCUCAUGCCCCCGGGAAGCCGCUUGAUGGGUCUCGACCUCCCCCACGGCGGCCACUUGUCCCACGGCUACCAGACCCCUGCCAAGAAGAUCUCCGCCAUCUCUGUCUACUUCGAGACCAUGCCCUACCGCGUCAACAUUGACACUGGCAUCAUCGACUACGACAGACUCGAGGAGAACGCCCAGCUUUUCCGCCCCAAGGUUCUCGUUGCCGGUACCUCUGCGUACUGCCGUGAGAUCGACUAUGCCCGCAUGCGCAAGAUUGCCGACUCUGUCGGUGCCUACCUUGUCGUCGACAUGGCCCACAUCUCCGGCCUCAUCGCCGCCGGCGUCAUCAAGACUCCCUUCGACUACGCCGAUGUCGUCACCACCACCACCCAUAAGUCUCUCCGUGGUCCCCGUGGUGCCAUGAUCUUCUUCCGCAAGGGCGUCCGCAGCACCGACAAGACCGGCAAGCAGAUCAUGUACGACCUCGAGAACAACAUCAACUUCUCCGUCUUCCCUGGCCACCAGGGUGGUCCCCACAACCACACCAUCACUGCUCUGGCCGUCGCCCUGAAGCAGGCCGCCAGCCCCGACUUCAAGGCCUACCAGCAGCAGGUUGUUGCCAACGCCAAGGCUCUCGAGAACAAGUUCAAGGCGCUCGGCUACAAGCUCGUCUCCGACGGCACUGACUCCCACAUGGUCCUCCUCGACCUCCGCCCCCAGGCUCUUGACGGCGCCCGUGUCGAGGCCGUCCUCGAGAACUUCAACAUUGCCUGCAACAAGAACUCCAUUCCCGGCGACAAGUCUGCCCUCACCCCUUGCGGUAUCCGCAUUGGUACCCCUGCCAUGACUUCCCGUGGCUUCGGAGAGAAGGACUUCGAGCGCGUUGCCGAGUACAUCGACCAGUCGAUCAAGAUCUGCAAGGAGGUCCAGGCUGAGCUCCCCAAGGAGGCCAACAAGCUCAAGGACUUCCGCGCCAAGGUUGCCAGCGGCGAGGUUGCCAAGAUCAACGCCCUCAAGAAGGAGGUUGCUGAGUGGUGCUUGACCUUCCCCCUCCCCGUCGAGGGCUGGAGAGUUGACGCUGGCCUCUAAGCGACGCCAGCGAUGGUUGCAACAAGCCAUGAUCCGAGAAGAGCAUCAACUUCACUCUUCUCACGACGGAUAUGUGCUUGAUUGGAUGACUUCCAUGAACCUGCCACGAAAAUGGUAAUGUGGGCAGGUGUUACAGAAGAGAUUACGGAAAAUAUUUUGAGGGAAAAAAGAUACCUUUGCAUGCAUUCAUCUGGCGUUGCAAUUACUGCUGUAGUACGACCCAAGGGGAGCUCUCUGGUUUUGGCCACCUUGGGUCUUUUGGGGUCCUCACAAACUCGCUUCAACGCGGGUAGGACAUGACAAAGGCGUUGAUGCUUUUGAAGCUUUUUGACGAUGGAGAGACUUGCUGGCUUUGGCCGAGCUCUCGGAAUACUUUGUAUAUAUAGCCAAAAUCCAUCUCUUUUGAGAGAUUCUACGACAACAAGGAUUUGUCUGUACCA